GUGGAACCCUAAAUGGCGGAAACGCAGAAGUUGCGCGGCUUUUGGCUCGUGUGGGUCGAUUGAUUUCCAACUCGAGCUAUGUUGUUGCUGCGGUUAUUGCGCCAAUACCAACAUCACACUCCAUCCUACGACCGGUGUUUCUGUUUCGCAAUUGCACAGAAUUCCCGCCACCAGAUUCUACCGCGCCACCCGCGUAUUCGACAGCGCCGUUCGUUAGGCGGCCACGUAGUCCGCCUCCUCUGUACAUUAUUUUUGCGCUCUCAUUUCCGUUCAUCCUUUUUAGAAGUGCGCUUGUGCAACCGUACCAAAGUGUGCUAGGGUUCUUUUUCCGGAGCACCUGCCUCUUUCACUUGCUCAAGGAUUGCUUCCCUGUGGCAGGUCUAUUGGCUGCGGGGUAUCCUACAACCCUGCAAAUCGCACGCGGGGAAGUUCUCCUCCGAGCUGACCACCACCCCAGUUCUUCUUUGACAUUGGCGGCUAAAGGUUGGCCGACACCACCCCGGAUCAAACGCGCGCCCAUGCCGCGCUCCUACACAAUCGCUCCUACCCAAUCGUUCCUACGCAGUCAGGCUGUUCUCGAAGGCCUUCCCAGACCUAAAUACCCCCCUCAAAUGUCCCUUUCUCUUAAUCCUCAGUCUGCGCUGAUGGCCAGUCAUGGCGACACCGCAGAACGGAAAAAGACGACGCGCCGACGAGCCCUCACGAGACCCGCCACCGAAGAAAAGACGACAGGACGACAGAGAUCCCGACAAUUAUCUUGUCACUUGGCGACAUCCGCCCGAAUUCUGGGACCGACUCUCCAAGAUUCCACUGAUCGUCGACGCUUUAGACGAGCUCGAAAGGCGGAACACGCGACUCUCCUUUCCACCUCCAACGUACCGUGUGCUGCGGCGCUUCGGAGCGCCAGACCUCGUGCCAAUCACACGAGCGCUUGCUCGAUUUGCAAGUAACGGCGGCCCAGAUUUGUGCGACCUUCGAGGGUACCCCGAACCGAUCGGCCACCGACCAGCCUGCGACAUGAGCUCCCCACGAGGAAGGGCGACUGCGUCCACCAAUCCAACAACUUUUACGUCGGCAUCGGGAACGAACAAAUCCAAAAAAUCCAUCACAGUCUAUCACCCUGCGUUCGACCAGCAUUUGACCGACCAUUCCAUUCACCCACUGCGCAAAUCGCGAAAGCCAAGGGAGGACGACCGAAGGGAUAUAACGGAGGCACUGACAGUCCCAAGGCCCUCGCUAUCGCCGUCAAAAUUCUCUGAUAGCGCAUUUGAGGAAUUCGAAAACGCUACCCUCGAAGCCAAGGACGAGGAGGCUGUCAAAGCUAAUGUGAUCCCCACCAUCGCCGGCGUUCGGCGCGCCGACCACCCAUGCGCCAGAGAUACGGUGUUUGGAAAUCUCGACCCACUUACGGACGGCUGUAUAGCGCGGGCCAAGCCAGACCUCUACUACGGCGCACAUCCCGAAGACCUCAAUCCAUGCAUCCGCGGCGAGCUCAGCCACCACAUCGUCCCGUCGACCACGGAGGACAAGCCCCUUGUUCCGAACUUCUUCACAGAAAUCAAGGGACCGGAUGGGUCUGCAGCCGUGAUGCAGAGACAAGCACGCUACGACGGGGCGAUUGGAGCACGCGGCAUACACAGCCUGCAGAACUACGGCAAUGACGAGCCUGUCUACGAUGGGAGACCCUACACAUUCAGCUCGACCUACCACGGCGGGACCGGGACUCUUCAGCUAUACACGCACCACAUGACCGAGCCGACCACUCCCGGAGGACGCCCGGAGUACCACAUGGCUCAAGCAGGGUCUUAUGCGAUAACGCACAGUCGUGAGACCUUCGUCCAAGGCGCCACCGCGUUCAGGAACGCCCGCGACGUGGCGAAGCAGUACCGGGACAGCUUUAUCCGAGCAGCAAACGAAAGAGCACGGCAACCUGGUGAGAGAGACUCAGCAGCAGCAGGCACAACGGUGAUACAGCAGGAUGAAGGCUCGAGUCCUGAUACAUUCGUGGACUGUGACGAGUUCCCUUCAACACUCGACGUCCAUGAGGAAGCGUCUGGUCCGCAUCCGCAACAGAGCUUUGUUGGUGUUGACGACCACACUCCGCGCCAAGCCAUUCACAAAGAACCGCGUUUUCCCCAAUAUCUUGUCGAUGAUGACGGCGAUCAGCAAGACGACAGCCAGUCACCCGUGCCGUUUGACACUCUCCAAGACCUGGAGGCAAGCGUCGAGACGAGCUUCACGUCAAGUUUUGCCUCGAGCUUCCCGUCAUCGAGCCACCCCCCCGCCCGUGGUCACGGAUCCCAUUCUAAGCGCCCUAGGAAUUCACGAAGUCCACCAUCAGAACCCCACAUUGCAGAAGAUCACCAUAAGGCUGGACCUGCACGCCCCAGCAAAAAGAAAACCAAAAACAAGGCACCUAGCUCAGGAGGAGCAGAAGGGAACGAUGCUGGUUGUGAAUGGAAUGCGGGCAUGGCGAGGUGGGAGUAUUGGGACGAAACGCAACAAGCCAUGCUGUAUUGGAAUGGCAAGAAAUGGUAUCGGGUUAAUUAGAGGAAAUUUAGCUCGAGAUAUCCUGGUGUUUCUUUUAUUGAUGGCAUGUUUAUAAUAGUUUUCCGAGACGUAUGUAAGUAAAUAGAGCAGAUUGAGAGGCAGAGACUACCGACGAGGUUUGCCGCAAGCUCGACACAUGGCUUCAAGCUUCCAUUCGUGCUG